AUGAAGGUUAUACCGGGUCUCGUCUAUCUCCGUCUCCACGAAAAGACCAAACUGGUCCUUGCUAAAAGCAUGCGAGAAUCAUACGACGUUCGAGAAUUUGUUCUGCGAAGCCGGCAGCGACUAACCAGCUUGAAUCCAUUUGUCAUUGAGAUCAAAGUCGACCUCGACAACACCAGUGUGGUGAUCACCCCUGAAGCUUGGUGUUACUUUUCCGAAUCGCGCGAUGGCAUGACGGUUCAGUCAUACACUAUUGAAAUCGGCGCCAAACAUGAAGAAUUCCCUCCGACUCCGUCUGUCGCUUCCGCAUCAGCGACCCCGCCAACGGCAUGUCUCCAACCGCAACACCCAACCGAAGUUCUUACGGCUGCCGCAUCCGCAUUCAAUAUUGACGAUCCGCGAACGAUUUACCUUCUGCAUGAAGGCAUGAACUUGAAGCUAAGGGGAAACUCGCUAUCCCAAUGCGGCGUUGAGGACGGUGACGAGCUCAUACUGUUGCGGCAACAGCUUGGGGGAAAGCCGGUCAUCUAUCUACGUGCCCCACGCCAGCUCGAUGUGACUGUCCAGCUCUCGCUCGUUCCCGAUUGGUCCUUUUCCGCACUUUAUCCUGUCGCCCCAGUAUCAAAACCCAAGAGUCCUCAACUACAUCAAGUUGUCCAAUGGGAUGUACAAACGGCGAUGGAUGGAACCAUGCAGGACAAGUGCUCGGGUGCUCAAGUCAGCUAUCUUUUCUGGGAGGCAACGACCAAUCCACCCUCUGGUCAGAUAUCGCCCCCCUCUUCUCCCACUCUCCGCGCUUGCGAAGACUUCAGACCUGCAAGUGCGAAAGAUGCAUUCAAAACUUCGGAUUCGGUGGUGUUAUCUGUGAAAGAUGUCCCGCUCUAUCUUGACGCCACACUUAUCGAACUGGGACUUGACACUGAAGCACGCACGUCCUUCAUCACAUAUUGGCUUCCAGCCAUCCUUGAGCACCAACAUAUCCUUCUCUCGUUUGUUCCACAAGCGUCAUAUGACUCUGCUGCCCCUUUGUCGCUCACUCCUUCGCCCGAUGUAUUAACGCGGGUCUUUAUGAUCUUUUGUGGUCUUGAGCUGGAUGAAACGGCUGCUUGGGUGGGGAAAGCUGAACGACCCGCGGAAAUGUGGCGGGGUGUUUCUGGUGUGCCUGAAAAGCAUCUCCAGUCGGACCCAUCCUUAUUUAGAGUGUUGGAGUGGGGUGGGAUGGAGGUUAAAUCGUAG